UUGUUGUAGACAGUAGUGUUUGAGGAUGUACGCUUGCCUUGCAGUGGUUAAGUUUUGUAACAAUGGCCCGGAAUCAUUAACCCAAAGGAUUUGCAAAAGGGUCAUACAGGUUUUUUUUUUUAAAAUAGGUUGACCUUAAAUGCGCAAUAUGCUAAACUAUGAAUGAUGCAUUCAGUUGCACACAGCACAGGCGAGUUGUUUUGAUUGGAUAUGGAUUCUUUGAGUACCAGUUGUUAUUGAUGGGUUCAUCCCUAAUAUGAACUAAUGUAAAUAGAUGUAAGUUAGAGGUCCAUAAAGUGGAAAAGGGCACCAUGUGCAUCUUCUAUUUGGUUGCGUUUCUGUUUGGCCUGACAGCAGAACAAUGUUCCUCCGAACUGAUAGAAGAUUCCAGCCAGAGCUUCAUGGAGAGGAUGCACACAGGGAAGACAUCCUUUAUAUACUUUGGAAAUCAUGUCAAUCCAACCAUCAAAUUGUUCAUGGAGCAGCUCGAGAUGUCAGCAGAUGCCCUAGAGGACUAUGGGAUAUCUGUUGUUAAGGUGAACUGUUCAAAAGAUGCUUUAGAAAAUUACUGCACUGGAGAAAAGCUCAUGACCAAGGCACACUUGUUCAGAGGCUCUGAGGUCCUUAGGAGUUUUGACAUCGAUACCGUAUUUGACGUCAACGCGAUUGUUUCUCAUGUCCUUUUCUCGGUCCUCUUCAAUGAAGUCCGUUACGUACACACACCUGCUGAGCUGCUGCGCGUGGAGAGUGCGGCCAAACAAAACACUGACAUUGUGGUCGGACACAUACCGGUGCUUGGCCUUCCAGAGCACCGAGCUUUGAUGGAGGCAGCAUUUGUGUAUGGAACCAAGUACCAGUUUGUCCAGACAACUGGCUCUCUAGUUCUGAAACACAUGGGGGUCGUUGAUUCCUCUUCCUCACAAGCACGACUGUGGUUUUUGCACUGUAAAGGUGUGUCCAGCCAGUCUGAUCCAUGCCCCAGCAUUCCCAUGAGGAAACCACUCAAAACCAUCAACAUACACACCUUCCUCCAGCUGAUGGAGGCACCUCUAGUGACAGAGGCCGAGGUGGACCCCUCUGAGGUAGAUGUGGUUCAUAUCCACCUCAGUGUGCCCGUGCUGUUUCUGUUCUCUCAGCCCCAAACCCAGCACCUGGACCGUGCCACCGCUCAAACUCUCGCCCUGCAGCUCCGCGGGGAGGUUGGCGUAGUGCUCAUUUCCAGGGAAAGUCCAAACGUGAAAACUCCACUGAAAUAUAACGCUGCUUACAGACUCCCACAGGAGGAUGUGAAAUAUUUUACCCUAAAUAGUGCAGAGGAGGUCAUGAAACUUUUCAAAGAAGAACUUUUGCAAGAACACAAGAUUGAAGAUGAAGAGGGAGAUGAGGAACAGUGGUCAGAUCUUGAUAUCCUUGAUGAUGAGGUGUCAGAGUCUGUGUACAGAGAUCGUGAUCAAAUGCCGGAUUUGGAGUCUGUUACUGAACUCACAUCAGACACUUUUCAAACUACAGUCACGCAGAAUGAUAUCACGGUGGUGCUGUUCUAUUUUAAAUGGGAUGCUGUCUGUGUGGCUUUUAUUCAGUCAUAUAUAGAGGUGGCGGAUGCACUUGAAGGUGUGAGUGGGGUGGAGUUGGCAGCUGUAGACUGUGGAGAAUUGACUGAUAUUUGCAGUGAUCAGAACAUCACUUCCUUCCCCACCGUUAUGAUCUACCGCCCCAUGACUGCUGCUCAGCCGUACAGAGGCAUGCUGGGAACCAAGAGCCUACACACGUUCAUACUACUGAGUCUGGUCUCCAGUCCUUCACAUCUAUCCUCCUCUGCUGAGGUGACGUCAUUCUUAGAGGGAGAUUUGUACAGUAAACAUGUAUAUUUGUCCGCUGUCAGAGUGCUGGGCCUGUUCAGUUCAACGCAAGACACAGGUGUGACCUCAUUUGAAGAAGCUGCAAGACUCCUCAGAGGAGAGACAAUUCUUGGGCUAUUUGCCAACAAAGAGGCGGAGCAAUGGGUAGAAGGACUGUCAGUGAACCUGCCUGCUUUACUGGUAUCCCGCGGCCCUGGAGUUCCUUAUGAAGUCUAUUCUAUCCCAUCAUCCUCACCAACGGACCAGGUCUCACUCAUAAAACGAGUGGAACUGGAUCAUUUUCCUGAACUGACUGUGGAGAAUCUUCCCUGGUAUUUGGAGCUUGGGAAACCUUUGCUACUGCUUUUUAUCGGAAAGGAGGACAGUACAGAGAGUACGAAGUCUUUAGCAGAGAUAAAGCGUCCACUGAGCUCUGGACAGCUGGGUUCCUUCCUGCCAUGUUGGAUCCAUCUGGGUCGGACACCUGUUGGGAGGUCUGUCCUGGAGAAGUAUCUUGGCUUUGUACCUCCACUUCCCGCUUUGGUGAUUUCAAAGUUAAGAACUGGAGGAGAGGUGUUCCUUUUCCCCCCAGAGCGCCCCCUUACGGCUAAGAACAUCCUGCAGUGGAUUCAUGAUGUGGAAAACGGACAGGAACAACCAGCAGGCUCGAUCCCAGAUGGGAAAUGGGGCCCUCCUGUACCGUUCUUUGACUUUUUGGCAAUAAUGGACCAAGAAGCACCAACUUACGCAGUCCAGAGGGGUCCUAAAAUUAAGAAUGGGGGCAGGGAAGGCAACAGAGAGCAGAAGCCUAACCAAAAACAAACUCCACAUCCAUCACCAAACCCCCAAGCACCCCGUCAGCACGCUGAACUAUAAAGUCAAGUCCUCUCAUGGCACAGAGGGUUAUUUAAACAUUUCACAUGAAUGCUUGACAUCUGCCAGAUUUCACGUUACAUGUGCUGUUAAUGUCUUCAGUGCUAUUCGCAGAACUGUUUAUCAGAAUGUCGAGGUUGCACAUU